CGUUCAAUCGAUUUUCUAUUAUUUUAUUAUUUUAUUUUUUAUUUUUUUAUUUUAUUAUUAUUUUUUUCCAUUGAGAUUUUAGAAUCAAGUCCUCGACCUUUUUCAACCAAGAACCUACAACACGCGCCAAGAGACUCUCGCACAUACACCCCCAAGGCAUUACCGCGCUCGUCACCAAAGCAAAGCAGCAGCCUGAACUCUCUCUCGAGCGUCUUGUUGGUGCGUCUGUGUCUGGAGCCCGGCUGCUAGACUCGUCGUCGUUCUCUACAGACACCAAGCGCGCAUCAUGUCAUGCUAUGCCGAUGCAACAGCUGGCUCUGUGCUCGUUGCAACGGUAGAAUCUGCUGCCGGAUGGCUGCCAACAUCCCCGACUGCCGCUGGCUCGGCGUCGGCAACACCCAAGCUCACUGCAGUGUCGGCAUCGACCCUCCUGCAGCAGCGUCAGGUCAAGCGGCAACGGUUUGGCGUUGCUGACAACCUGGGCAGCAUCUCCAGCACCCACAACAACCCUCUCAUUCACGACGACAACAGUCACAACACCAACGACAACGACAACGACAACAGUGGCCGCAUAGGCAGUAGUGUUCGCAGCUUGCGGCGCGCGCCCGGCACUCCAUCCUGUAUAUACAGCGGCUCAUCACCGGUGGCCUUUUCUCAGUCGUACGUUGCAGGCAACGACGACGAUGAAGACGAGGACACUGACGAUGAGUUUUACGACGACGCGUCUAACUUUUCCCGCAGCAGCAGUGGCGCCAGCAGCGCCAGUACCAGCAGCAACUGUAUGGUAGAAGCAGCAGUGUUGCGCCCAAAAUCCACUGCCGCCUCGGUCCAACUGCCAGUUACCACGACGGCCGCCGCAAUGGCAGCUGCCUCCAACCUUCUUCCGUUCAAUUACAUGUCCACCACGCAUGUCAAUCUCGCUGCGAUGCAUUUGCUCCAACAGCAACAGCAACAGCAGCAGCAACAACAACAGCAGUUACAACCCGCCUCCGCCUCCCCAAGCGUGCGCGUCGUUGGCUCGGUCGCUGAUUUUUCACAACCUCUGAGCCCUUCAGCUCGCCUCGGCCGAAAACCGCUUUCGACACAAUCCAAAGCUUCCGCAGAGCUAGCCGAGAUGACUGCAAUCGCUCCGGCACCACGCCAGCUGAGCCAUGCCGCGUCUACACCAGCAGUGCACCAACACUUGAGCUCGCAGCACCAGCUCCAGCUGCAGCAACAGCUCCAGUGGCACCACUUGCAUCAUUCGCGCGCUCGUGCGCUCUCGGCCACCUCGUCUCCAGUCGCCGUGAGCCCAGGCGCAGUCCUUGCCAAUGCUGUUGCCGCUGCUGCCGCUGCUGCUGCUGCUCAAGCCGCCGCCUCGGCUGCCGUCACUGCCAACGCUCACUCUGCUGCCUCUGCCACGUUGACCAUGAUGAUGUCGACUUCCUCUGCCGUCACUGCACCAGCGACUGCAGCGACCUCAACCGGCUCCUCCUCGGUCUCGACCCCUUCUGCCACUUCGUUUGCUGGCUUGCAGGCUUCCAUCGCGGCACUCCAGCUCCACGGCAGUAGCGGCAACCUCAGCAACUCGUCCAACUGCUCGACGCCCACGCAAAAGCGCCGUGCCUGUGAGCUUGAAAUGAUGUCGGAUGAUCAAGGCUGCGGGCCUUCGGCCUCUCUGUCGAGCGAUGGUCUUUACCGUACUGGCAGUCUCGAGUCGGUCGUCUUCCCGACCAGCGCGGCGAAUCUGGCAGCGUUGACUGCCUCGCGACUGCCGUCGUCGGCCUUCCAGAACAAGCAACACCAUUGCCACCCCCACCCCCAUCACCACCACCAACCACAACCACAACAACAACAACCACAACCACAACAACAACAACAACAACAUCAACAGUCGUUCCAGCCUCAUCACCAAACCCUCUCCCAUUUUGCUUCCGUUCCAUCGCUCUGCUUGCCAACGUCGGCCCCGAUGACGACCAUGCAGCAAGUUCGCACUCCCCCGCGGAUGACCUUGGCCCACCAGCCUCCCAUGCCUCCUCCGCAACAGCCCCACUCACACCCAUCGUUCUCUUUCCACUCCCACCCGCUUGCUGCUGCGACUGCUGCUGCACAGCAACAGUUGCCACAGCUACCGUAUGCUCAGCAUGUGCCCACCAUGCACCCCACUUGUGUGCCUUUGACCCCUACGACCCCGACACAUCUACAGUCGGGAUCUCAGCACGUUAACACCAUGAUGGGAUACAACUCAGCUUCGGCGUGGACGUUCUUUUCGCCGCUCAACAGCUUUUUGAACGAGUAUUCGUGGCGCUGCCGACCCGACCGCCGGCCCCUGCAAAUCUUUGUCCAUGCCAUCCUGAAGGACAUGCAGGCCUCUCGAGCGUCGUUUCUCGUUGCCCUCAUUUACAUUUACCGGUUCAACGACGCGCAUUCUGCGCAUCGUGCCAAUGUCUGUGGCCACUGUCUCUUCCUGUCGGCGCUGCUCCUUUCAUCAAAGUACCUGAACGACAAGACGUACGGGAAUGCCUACUGGGCCAAGGUUGCGCGCUAUCCCCUCGGCGAGCUGAACGAUCUCGAAGCCUGGUUGCUCGACUCGCUCGAUUACUCGCUGUAUGUGCCCAACAGUCUUUUCGACGCCUGGAUUCGUCUGUACACUGCCGACCAAGCCAAGUACAUGCUUCCGCAUGUCCCGACAGGCAGUUCCCACUCUGCGGUGCUCUCUUCAACCAAUGUUUUGGUGGCUGCUGGCCAGUCGCCUCUUUCCGAUUUGUAUUCUCCGCACGAGGCCGCAAAUACCGUGUCCUUUUCCGCACCGUCCUCACCGAGUGUCCACUCACCCGGAUUGCUUCUUAGCAUGGCUGGGGCUGCAGCAACGGCUGCAUGGGCUGCGUCGCCCGUGUUCUCCAAUGUAACAGCGUCCAGCAACGCUGUUGGGCAGCAUGGUGGUGGCAUGAACAACAAUGGCGUGACCCACUACAUUGAUGCGAACAAUGUUGCGCGUCAUGUGCAAAAGCAUUCGCGCCAUCGCUCGCAUGGCACUCUGUCCGAGUUUGGCAUGCAGCCAAUGCCCUUCGCUCAUCUCUCGAGUGGCAUCCCGGUGCAACAGCAGCUCCUGCAACAACAGCAGCAGCUACAUCUUCAGCACCAACAACGGCAGCAGCAGUAUCUCCAUGCGAUGAAAUCGCGUCCAUUUUCAGCGUCCACUUCUUCUUUAGGAGCUGAGCCUGGCAUUGCCGUCUCGCAGUCAUCCGCCGCUUGGUUGCAAUCGUUACAACAGCAGCAGCAGCAGCAACAGCAGCAGCAACUUCAACAACAGCAGCAGCAACAACAACAGCUGCAGCUACAACAACAACAACAACAGCUGCUGCACCAGCAACAGCAGCAGCUGCACCAGCUCAAGCCGUCAAUGUUUAUUGCAUCGCAUGCUCAGCAGCAAGUGUAUCAAGCUCAGCUGCAGGCGCACGCCCACGCGCAAGCCCAUCAGAUUCAAGGGCAGCAAUUGCAACUGCGAGACUCUCCUGGGUUGAUAAUGGGCAUGGGGGCUGCGUGUCCGGCUCCUAUGCUGGGUCCGAUGGAUGCACCGCCCACUACAAUGCGCGUUCGUUCCGGUCCAGUGCGACGUCGGUCUAAUUCCGCGCCUUCGGAUGCGGCUCCGCCGCUUCCGUUCCGACCCGCCAGCAUAGCUCCGACGCUCGCCACUCUUCCUCAGCACGUGUAGAGCGCUGUUUCUGCCUUCAUGCCUUUUGCAUUCUCUGUUGUACCAUUUCCUUUGCACCGCUUCAUUUAUUCACACAUUUUACAGUAAAUACAUUUAUCGUCGU